CGGUUCGCAGCAUGCACUGGAACAGGACGCAGGCACUACAACCGCAACUGAAACUAUUGGGACGAGAGGCAAAGACCAAGAGCGAAUUAAAAUGCAGACCAGUCCUCCACGACAACACCACAUGCUGCACACACAGGUAGAGUUGGAGACUACAUCAGACAAAAUGACAGGCAGCAAUCCAGUGUCACCAGCCUCUUCAGGCUCACCUGCCUCAAGUGGGAGCAUCUCACCAUCACAUCUCACCCACGAUUCCUCUUUGGACAGUCACCUAAGUUUUGAUGGUCCCAAGUUGCAGAACAGAGCCCUGGUAUCAUCAGGGAUGUAUAUCUCUCCUGAUCCUGCGAGCAUGUGGGACAAGACACAUGCAGAGAUUGCUGAGCAGGCAAAACAUGAAGCAGAAAUUGAGAAUCGCAUUGCAGAAAUGAAGAAGGAAGGAUUCUGGUCUUUGAAAAGGCUUUCAAAGGUGCCUGAGCCGAUUCGGCCCAAAGUGCACUGGGAUUAUCUGUGUGAGGAAAUGCAGUGGCUCUCUGCUGACUUCGCUCAAGAACGUCGUUGGAAGAGGGGUGUUGCCAGGAAGGUUGUGCGCAUGGUGAUCAGGCACCACGAGGAACAGAAGCAGAAAGAAGAACGAGCCAAACGUGAGGAGCAAGCCAAGUUGCGCCGCAUUGCUUCUUCCAUUGCCAAAGAGGUCAAGCAGUUCUGGAGCAACGUUGAGAAGGUUGUGCAAUUCAAGCAGCAGUCACGUCUUGAGGAAAAACGGAAAAAAGCACUGGAUCUGCAGCUGGAUUUUAUAGUGGGCCAGACAGAAAAAUAUUCCGACUUGCUAACCCAAAGCCUGAAUGAGACUCUUCCAGUUCCCAGCAAGACCAGUGGCUCCCAUGCUGGCUCUACUGCUUCUAGUCCAACUCCCCCUGCUCAGCUUAUGGAAGAUGAAGAUGGGGAUUUCCAACCCCAUGAAGAGUCAGAUGACGAGGAGACAAUUGAAGUUGAGGAACAACAGGAAGGGAAUGAUUCAGAAACACAGCUGCGGGAGAUUGAGCUGCUAAAGCAGGAAAGUGAACUGCCCUUAGAGGAGCUACUCCAGACAUUGCCACCCCAAAUCUUAGAAAAUUCCUUCAGUGAAUCUCCUUGUGCUUCCAGCUCUGACAAUGAUGAUGAAGAAGAAGAGGGUGAGAGUGAAGAGGAAGCUGAGCAUGAGGAAAGUCAGACCUCUGAGACACUAAAGGAAAAACCCAAACCUGUCACUCAGAGGAAUAAGAAACCUUGGAAACCUGAUGAAGAAGAUGAGGAGUUUACGGCCAAUGAAGAAGAAGCUGAAGAUGAAGAAGAAACAAUAGAUGCUGAAGAAAAGCUGGAAGGAAAUGUGGAUCACAGCAAAGAAUUGGAUGAUCUGGCUAAGGAAGGUGAACUGCCCAUGGAGGAGUUGCUUCAGAAAUAUGCUGGUGCUUAUGCUUCAGACUUUGAAGUGGAAGCAUCAGACACUUCAUCGGAGGCACUGGAGCCUACUACUUCAGAGUAUGAGGAAGAAUCAGAGGAGGAGAACAGCACUAGUCACUCAGAUUCCACAGAAGAGGAUGAAGAAAGUGAGCAAGAGGAAAGUGAAGUAGAGGAUGCCCUUGAAGAGGAAAGGAGGGAAGCUUCAGUAACCCAGGAGGAAGAUUUUGGUGUUGAGUACCUGUUGAAGCAGGAUGAUGAUAAUGGUCACGAGGUAGACAAUGAUUCAACUCCAGCCCCAGGGCCAAAAAAAGAGAUCACAGACAUUGCAGCAGCAGCCGAGAGCCUGCAGCCAAAAGGCUAUACCUUGGCAACCACACAGGUUAAGACACCAAUCCCCUAUUUGUUGCGUGGAACGCUGCGAGAAUACCAGCAUAUUGGUCUCGAUUGGCUGGUUACUAUGUAUGAAAAGAAGCUCAACGGUAUCCUGGCUGAUGAGAUGGGUCUUGGUAAAACCAUCCAGACAAUUUCCUUGCUGGCGCAUCUGGCCUGUGAAAAAGGCAGUUGGGGUCCUCAUUUGAUCAUUGUUCCUACCAGUGUGAUGCUCAACUGGGAGAUGGAAAUCAAGCGCUGGUGUCCCAGUUUCAAGAUUUUAACAUAUUAUGGGGCACAGAAGGAGCGUAAGCUGAAGCGACAGGGUUGGACCAAGCCCAAUGCCUUCCAUAUCUGCAUCACCUCCUACAAGUUGGUGUUGCAGGAUCACCAGGCCUUUCGACGCAAGAAUUGGAAAUAUCUGAUCUUGGAUGAGGCUCAGAACAUCAAGAACUUCAAAUCCCAACGCUGGCAAUCUUUGCUCAACUUCAACAGCCAGAGGCGACUACUGCUGACUGGAACUCCUCUCCAGAACAGCUUAAUGGAGUUGUGGUCCCUCAUGCACUUUCUGAUGCCACACGUCUUCCAGUCACACCGUGAAUUCAAGGAGUGGUUUUCUAACCCCCUGACGGGAAUGAUCGAAGGCAGCCAGGAGUACAAUGAGAAUUUAGUCAAAAGACUGCACAAGGUGUUGCGUCCCUUCCUCUUGCGAAGGGUAAAAGUGGAUGUAGAGAAGCAAAUGCCAAAGAAAUAUGAGCAUGUCAUCAAGUGCCGUCUUUCCAAGCGCCAGCGUUAUCUUUACGAUGAUUUCAUGGCCCAGGCUGCCACCAAGGAGACGUUGGCUACAGGGCAUUUCAUGAGUGUCAUCAACAUCCUGAUGCAACUCCGGAAGGUCUGCAAUCACCCCAAUCUUUUUGACCCCCGGCCGAUCCACUCGCCAUUUAUCACACAGGGCAUCUGCUUCAACACCGCCUCCCUCGUCUUGCAUGCUCUUGAUUAUGAUCCUUUCAAGAAUGUGGACUUCGGCAUUUUUGAUCUGAUCAAUUUGGAAGGCUCUGUGUCCCGUUAUGAAACAGACACAUUCCUGCCCAAAUGGAAGGUGACAAGGAAAAUGAUUGAAGAGAUUGCUGAAUCCCCAGACCCUCCUCCCAGACCCAAACCAGUCAAAAUGAAAGUGAACAGGAUGUUACAGCCCAUACCCAAGCCAGAAAACAGAACAGUAGUUCUGGUGAACAGCCCUCGACCCACAACCCCUCUACAGAGACCGAUAACUCCUGUGCUUUCGGAACCACUGACACCUGCUAUAGUUCCUGUACCACACACAGGCCCAGUAUUGCCAGGGCCUUUACAGCCCACCACGCUCCCUGCCUCAGUGUCUCUCCCUGUGCCUAUCCCGAUGCCUCCAUCUGUGACCAUGUCAGUACCAGUGCCUCCUCCUGCCAGACCACAGACCCCAACUCUAGUGCCUACUUUGAGCCAGAACAACCCAGCUGCUGCUCUGCUGCAGAGCCAGGCCUCUGUUCCUCAGGUGCUGCCCUUGGCAAUGACUGCAGCUCAGCUGGUCCCAAAUACUCCCCGGCCUCUCCUCCCACCACCUCCUGUUUCUUCUACCACAACCACUGCCUCCUCCCUUAAGGCUGCACCAGCCCCGGUCCCAAUGGGGCAACAGCCCCCAGUUAGCUUGAGUGCCACCCCAGUGCGACAGCAACCACCCAUUAAUACAUUGAGUAUUGCUUCUGUCCAACAGCAGCCCCCCAUCAGCACCCUGGGCAUUAGUCCUAUGGCUCAGCAACCACCCACCAACACGCAAUCCAUUAAUACAGUUAGCAUAUCCCCCAUUAACCCUCUGGGGGUGUCCCCUGUAGGUGGGCAGCAGCCUCCACCGACCAACACCUUAGGCCCAGGACCUGCAAGCACUACCGCUCAACAAUCCUCCAGCUCCAUUGGGGGCAUGGUGAAGCCCAUGAACAUCCAUUCUGCUGUACCUACCUUGCCUGGAUACAACUUCGCAGCAGCGGCCGGAGGUGUGCAGCAAAGGCUUUUGCUGUCCCCAGAUAUGCAGGCACGAUUGCCUUCAGGUGAAGUGGUCAGCAUUGGGCAACUUGCCUCGUUGGCUAAUCGGCCACUCCAAGGUGCCCCAGGCAGUAAACCCCUCACAUUCCAGAUCCAAGGCAACAAGCUUACCUUGACGGGUACCCAAGUUCGCCAGGUCACUAUGCCUCAGCCAGCCCGACAGCUGCCAAGGAAUGUGGUUCACUUGGUGUCUGCUGGAGGGCAGCACCACAUAAUCAGCCAACCUGCUCAAGUGGCUUUGAUCCAGGCUAUGGCCCAGCAGGCAGGGCAGAACCCAGUUGGUGUGCAGACUGUUCCGGGCCAGCAGCCUCCCACCAUCUUGCCGGUCCCAGCUACCAGUACAACUGUUCCACCUGUUGCUUCCACAGCAACAAUCAGCGUCCCUAUUGCCGUUACUCAAGUGCCAUCCUCAGCAGUGAACAGUUCUGGUGUAGUGAAGAUUGUUGUACGACAGGCUCCUCGAGAUGGCUUAGUGUCCCCAUCACCUGGGCCACAGCAUCCGCCCAUGCACCCUGUGACGCCAACAACUGCCAGUACUUUACCUGGCCUUCCAACAGCUCUCUUGGCCCAGCGAGCCCCUCUUCCUAUGAACCCAGCCUCAUCAGUUAGGCUGCCCAACCAGCCAUUGGGCCCAGUGAGGCCACCUGCACCAGCUCCCCUCCAGACCCUGGUGAGACCCAUGCUGAGAAUGGUACAAGCCUCAAAUCCCAACCUGGAGCAACAGCUGGUUCCUCCUUCCCCGCCUCCCACAGUUGCUUCAUUUGCUAUCAGCCCAGCUGCCACUGUUACUGUUUCUGCCAACACUUCUCCUACAAUGGUGUCCCACAUUGCCUCAAGCCCCAUGCCCAAGGAGGAACCGGAGAUGUUAACUCUGCGUUCUACUACACCUACACCACCACCACCCCUUUCCAUCCUGGCCCCAAGGCCGAGACGGCAACCUCCUCCCCCACCCCGCUCCCCUUUCUUUCUGGAAGCACUUGAAGAGAAGAGGAAGAAGCAGAAGGAGGAGCGCCUUGACCGGCUUUUCCGUCUCAAUGAACAGCAUUGCAACCUUGCACCCAUCUACGGUACCGAAGUGCUCCGCUUUUGCACCCUCUUUCCUCCUGCUCCGCCGCCUGCGCAGGAAAAGGAAGAGGAGGUAGUCGUAGAGGCGAGUGAAGAACGAGCUAUGGUAACCCAGAAAGUGGAACCAAAGGGCUCGAGAGGAUCUGGAUACACCCAUUGCUACGCAGCACAAGUCCAAAGGGGUGCUCAGCAUCUUGAGGCCUAUUGGCAGCGGUCAGAAACCUUGGCCCAAGCUGUCCUGACACCCCAGCAUCGGAUUGAGGAGCUGACAGACAUUAUAGAGAGGUUCAUUUUCGUUAUGCCUCCUGUGGAGGCUCCGGCUAUCACCAUGCACACCUCUCAUCCUCCUCCAACACUCCUGCUCCAGCAGUCGGUCUUCAAGGAGACUUUGCGGCAAGAGCUCUCGCUCCAUGCAAGUUGUCUGCAUCGUAUCAUUUGCAACAUGAGGACCCAGUUCCCAGACCUUCGCCUCAUCCAGUACGACUGUGGGAAAUUGCAGACUUUGGAUGUUCUACUACGGCAGCUCAAGGCCGGAGCCCACCGGGUCCUGAUUUUCACCCAGAUGACCCGCAUGUUGGAUGUGUUGGAACAAUUCCUCAAUUAUCAUGGGCACAUCUAUUUGCGAUUGGAUGGUAGCACUCGGGUAGAGCAGCGGCAGGCACUGAUGGAGCGUUUCAAUGCAGACAAGCGCAUCUUCUGUUUCAUCUUGUCAACCCGAAGCGGUGGGGUGGGAGUGAACCUGACCGGUGCCGACACUGUAGUGUUCUAUGACAGUGACUGGAACCCCACCAUGGACGCCCAGGCCCAAGAUCGCUGCCACCGUAUCGGGCAGACACGAGAUGUUCACAUCUACAGAUUGAUCAGCGAAAGGACUGUGGAGGAAAAUAUUCUGAAGAAAGCUAACCAGAAAAGGAUGCUAGGAGAUAUGGCAAUUGAGGGAGGCAACUUCACUACAGCCUACUUCAAACAGCAAACAAUUCGUGAGCUGUUUGAGAUGCCACUAGAUGAACCCCCUAAGAAGGAAGGAGAGGCCCCAGUCCCAGUCCAGGAGGAGGAAGAGGAUUCCAUGGCCACCAAGCAGACACAGAUUCUGGAACAAGCACUGUGCAAGGCUGAAGACCCGGAAGACAUCCGGGCAGCUACUCAGGCCAAGGCAGAGCAAGUGGCUGAACUGGCAGAAUUCAAUGAAAACAUUCCUUUGGAUGCAGAAGACCGGUCCAGCAAAGAAGAAGAGGAAGAAUUUUCUAAAGCAGAGCAGGAAAUCGCUUCACUUGUAGAACAGCUCACUCCUAUUGAACGCUAUGCCAUGAACUUUUUGGAGGCAUCCCUGGAGGACAUCAGUCGGGAGGAGUUGAAGCAAGCAGAGGAACAGGUGGAAGCUGCCCGCAAAGAUAUUGACCAGGCUAAGGAUGAGGUGGUAUUUAAACUGCCAGAGGAUGAAGAUGAGAGUUACCUCCUUGAGGAAGGCUCCAGCAAGAAAAGCAAGAAGGCCAAGAUGUCCAGCAGGACAUUCUCAGAAAGGACCGGCACCCGCAUGAGCGAACGGCUCCGUAGCACCCGUCUUCCACCAAAGGAUGGGGAUAGCGGAGAUGUGGAAUCCACCCAGACGAGGCUGCCCAAUCUCCGGCAUUCCCGAAUGGUGACAGAUGAGGAUGAUGACAACCUGCCCCAAGUAGCGUUGCACACCAGAAGUGCUUCUAUACGUAGAGUGACGGUGCGGGAAGAAAAGCGGGCUCAGAUUGUCCUGAAUACUCGAAGAAUUGUGGUCCGUCGGGAAGAGCUAUGGAAUAAAGGCCCAGCUAGUGGGGAGAAGGUGCAGAAAAUGUCCCUCCACAGAAGUGAAGCUUCUGGUGACAGGAUUUUGAGAACUAAUCUCCAUAGACCAGAUACCCCAUCUGUUAGCGAUAAGCUGCUACAAGCUACCCCACAGAAAUCAGAUCCUGGAGCUGCUGGGGACAGAAUUCUAAGAGGUAUCACAUCAAAGACCGAGACCCUGCUUGUUGAUGAAAGAUUACCAGGAAGUGCCCCACUUCCCACUUCAGAUACAAACUUGGAUAAAGGGCUGAGGCCAGGCCUACAGAAGCCUGAAAAACCUUCCGGGCCAGAUAAACUUACAUGUAGCUCACCAAAGCUUGAGGAGAUGUCAUCUAAGCUGGAGGUAAAGGCCCCAGGAUUUCACUUGCAAGGACUUGAUGGAGAGGCAUUUAAAUUGAAAGCAGAUGUAGAAGAGCAGAAAACAGAAACAGAUAUUUCCCAGUUUCCCAGUCCACCAACCCUGGAUUUCCACCCUGCUGAAUCUGCUGCAGUUAAGGAAGUUCCAGCAUUCCAAGAACAAGACACUCUGCUCACUGGGAAAUUAUUGGGUACACAGGUAUUACCUGAUGCUGGGAAGCUGAAUAUCCCAUGUAGUAAAAUAAAAGCAACUACUCCAGUGCCACUUGGCACUGUGGAGCUAACUUCUGAGAGCAAACCUGAGGUUACAGGUGAAAUAAAUUUACCUGUGAUUGAGCAAAAGAUGAGUGUGGAGAAGCCAACGGAAGGAGCAGAUAUGAGCACCAGCUGCAGUGUUGCAGAAGAAGAACUUGUCAAUUCUGCAGAUGAGGCAACUAGGCAGAUCUCUACUCUAGAAACCACAACACCUCCUGAUGACACUGCUAAGGUAGUAACCGAGCCUCUUUCUCCUAAAAGCACAAAAGACACCACUUGGGAAGCUGCAGACAAUGCAGUGUCGUUUGUGUUGGACAGCGAAAUCCCCAAGAUGGACUUCCCUGUGUUUCCUUCCUUGGAUCACUCUCCAGAUACCAGCUCUCUCCUCCAAGUGGAAACUUUGGCCUGUAUCAAGGAACAAAAUGGCAUGAAGGAAUCUCUGAGAAGUGGAGACCUCCCUUCUCCUUUUUCAAGUUUGCUCACUGAGCCCCAGCUUGAAAUCGUGCCCUUGGGGGGUACAUCGCCAAAAUCAGAGACAGGUGACAACCAAGUCAAUAGUCUGGGUGAAACAACAGCUCAGAAUCAAGGAGCGGUAGGGAAAAGCAAUCAUGGCGAGGGCCCCCAGGAGGCUAAACUUGCAGUAUUCUGCCCUGGCUCUGCCUCUUCGCAGGAGAGUUCGUCGCUUCCAGGAAAUUUGUCUUCAGAUGACAGCCUUUCACCGAACAAACCUCCUCGUCGCCGAACCAGCGCUGAUGUGCAAAUCCAGCAAAGCUGUCAAACGCCAGAUGGCCCUGCCGCCAAAGUUUUACGCAAGUUGCCAGGGCGCCUGGUCACAGUGGUGGAAGAGAAAGAGCUCAUUCGUCGACGACGCAAUCGCCUGUGCAAGCUGGAUUCGGCCCCCAGCACUGCAAUGAAUUUGGACAGCAGUCUGGCACAAAGCCUGUCGGAGCCAGAAAUUCCGCCUUCUACAAAAGCCUUGCCUCUGCUGCGGGACUUGCCUGCCCGGCGAAGAAUCGAACUGGAGAGCCGGGCAGCAGCCAAAGAAAAGGGCGAUGGUUCGAAAGGGGAGCUGCUAGGUAAUAAGUCCUCUGAGCCCAUCAAGCGCAAACGAGGACGUCCACCCAAGAAUAAGUCACCAGAUCAGCAGAGUCCAGGGUUGCUCCAGACCUUUUCUGAGCCAGCUCUGGAGAUCAGCCCCCAAAGAAAAGCACCAGUUAGGAAAACACCUGAGGGCCAUCGACGUACUCAGUCCCCAGAGCAGAAGGGACCUGAGAGCUCCUCUCCCAAGAGCGAAUCUCCCAAGAGUAAGACAGACAGCAGUGAGAAUGGUGACUCCCCUGUGGAAAAGCGGAGGCGUGGCCGGCCCCCUAAGUCUCGGCAGUCCCCUGUCAUGCCUUCUAAGUCUCCUGCUUCAGAAGCGCUGCUAUCCCCAUCCACAAAGCCUCAGACUGUAGAGCUGCCUGCUAAGGUGCAAAAGAAGCUGCCAAAAUCUGAGGCAGUUUCUGUAAUAGAGGCCACCUCGAAGCUUCAUGAGCCUUUAGACUUGCAUCCCAAAACGGCAGUCUCAAAAACCUCACCUAAAGCACGGAAUCGAACUUCACUGCAUUCUCAACCUGAGUCGGAUCCUAAAUCCAGCUUGAAGGCACGAGAAUUGUUGACUGCUUUCCCUAAAGCGCUUUCCAAACCAUCCACUGAACUGUGUGAACCCCGAGCAUCUUCCCCACGAAGGGCCUCUGCCACAGAAACUUCACCGGAGAUGCAAGGUCCGCCUCAUCUAUCCCCCGUGUCACACUCGCUACCCAAAGGUGCCUCCAGUUCCCCAGCAGCAAAUUCUCCACCUAAGCGAAAAAGGGGUCGUCCCCCAAAGAACCCAUCCUCACCUCGGGUGGAGGUGGCACAACCUCCUGUCUCCAACUCUGACCAGGAGACCUCUUUGGAGAAACACACCCCGGCUCCUCCUGGCCGCAAGCGACGAAGGCGUAGGAGAAAGGAUAACCUUGGCUCAUCGUUGCCCAGCGCCAACCAGAGCUCUUCGGACGGUGAGGAGACUCGACCGCUCACCAGACUCGCCCUGAUGAAGCGGGAAGAAAAGCCAGACUCUUGCAGCGGGGUAUUAGUUCCACCCUCUCCAAAGCACACAGGCACUGAGAGGGCUUCAUCUGCAGAGAGUAGUACUUGGGAACAGCCUUCCGGUGACACCCCUGCCCGCUCGACUCGCCUGCGGCCCGGCUGCCUUGUUCCACCUCUGGAGCGGGAAACCCAGCGAAGGAAACGGCGCUGCUCUAUGGAGGGCAAGCGGGUGAGGAAGAGCAGUAAGUCACCUGCUUCCCAAGGCAUCUCUGAACAGGAGUGUGAAGAGUCAGAGUCUUCUCUGAAAUCCUCCUCGGAAUCCAACAGUUAUAAGUGUAUCCAGAAGCCAAAGCGCCAGUGUUAUGACUCAGCCAGGCGGCGCAGUCGAAAAAGGGGCCAAGGUCACCAGAGUGGAACAGCCGACCGCAUCCUCCGUAGCGCAGCAAAGCCUGCCGACAAUAUCCAGUCAAGGUCCUCCCCGAUUCCUCCCAAGAAAACGGGUCCUGCUUUUGCUUCUUCGGCUGCGGUGGUCACUGGAGGCCUCUCUUCCCCAACAACCCCUUCCUCCACCGCCCCGGUUACCUCUUCGCAAAGUAACAGAGGCCGCAAGCCCAAGACGUGACCACAGUGCGAGAGGUUCCACCGUUCUUUCUCUGCGGGGAUGGCUCGACCGCCACCUCUUUUCCCGCACAUAACCGUAAGCAGAUCUAGUCCCUCCCCUCCCUUUACUCUUAUUCCUCCCAUUAAUGUGGGGGUGGCUACUGGAGCUCCCUGCAUUCCAGUCUUGACUGUUGGAGUACUACUUGAAAGGAGGAGGAGGACUGUGAGCGUGGCUCUUCAUUCCCAGGUGCUUUUUCUGGGAGCAGGCAAGGGGCACUCCUGCUGAGGUCGCUCGCUUGGGCUGGGGAGUUCAGUUGCCCCUCCGCAGGUUAUAGUGGCAGGGCCAGCACUUUGCAAUGAAUUCUGCUACUUCCUAACCGUGAGCAGAGAGAGUGGGGGGGGGGGGAGUAGCUUCAGAGUUGUUGCCCCUAGAAUAACACUACAGGGCACCUACUAACCUUAAAUGCCCCCCAACACUUUGGGCAGUCCAGCCCAGGCUUUUGAUCGGCACGUGUCACGUUUUGGGCCCAGGUGUUCCUUUGUCCUCUUCCCUCUCACCCACCCCCUAAUCCUGCAGAGGAUGCCCUCCUGAUUUAUAAACACGAUUAGCUCUUACUUUUUUACUGGCUUUGGGUUGGUUUUUAAGUGACAGAGACCAAAUGCUAGGUCCCCUUUCUGGCUGCCCCUUUUGAUUGUCUCCCUGCUUAUUCCGUUCGCCAAGUCGGGCCCUUUUGAGGCAUGAAGAGGUGGGACAGUUAUUUCCCCAACCAACCUGGAGGGUAAGGGAGAGGAGACACACCACCCAACCCAGUAAGAUUAUGUGCUCCUUUUCUGCAUCACCACCGUGAGAAAAAUGUCUUAUUUUAAUGAUGUCAAUCACAGCCUCACUGCUCCAAGGACUUUUUUUUGUGGGUUCAUGAGUUGGGUCAACGCCUUCCCUCCCUUUCCACUCCUCUUGUGUACAGCUCUCAUUGUAAAAUAGGUUCUUUUGAACAUAAACUAUGCAAAGGUUAUUUUGUAUAGGGGAGCACAAUUUUCCCUCCCCUCCCUCACUGCAGUGGGUUUUAGGGGUCAGCAGCGGUUCUCUGGAUUUGGGAAUGGGCUGCAGUUGGGGUGGAGGGGGAGGUGUUCCCAUGGAGCUGUCUUUCCUACUGAAGCAUGUUCAGAACUUGUACAGAAGACCGAUGUAAUCUUUCUUCAGAAUAAUGCUAUGAAUAAAGUGUUAAAAGGGGAAAAAACACA